AUGAGUUUCGUAACGAGAGCCGACGACGAUGAAGUCCACCCCUUCGUCAACCCGUUUGUUGAGAUGAACGUUGGAUUGUGGUGUCUAUUUGCCGGCGCGACACUGUUUUUGGCCUUGAGGCUCUGGUGCAAGGUUACGAGGAGACACGGGCUGUGGUACGAUGAUUACAUUCUUGUUGUGUCUUGGUCGCUGUUGUUAGCAAACAACAUUUUGAUCGUCUACGAAUUUGCGACGGGGUAUGUACUGGAAGACUCGUCGCAAUCAUGGGACGACCGCAUGCACAUUCUUAUCAACAUCUCAUCAUGCGGCACGUUGAUCGGACAAGCAUGGACUAAGACGGCAUUCGGAGUGACGUUGCUGCGCAUGAGCAACCAGUGGCAGCGAUGGAUUCUUUGGUUCUGCAUCGUCAGCAUGAACGUUUACAUGGUCGCCAAGGUCAUCUUGCAAUGGGCCAAGGUCUGCGGAAGUAAAAGUUACGAAGUUCCCUGGCGCCUCGACAUCUGCCUCGAGAAGCAGUUCCGCGCCGACUUCAAGGAAGGUGGAAAUGUUUACAACAUCAUUAUGGAUUUCGUGUUCGCCAGCUUCCCUUGGCUUAUCACCCGGUCGCUGGAGAUGAGACGCGCCGAAAAGGUCGGCCUUUGCAUCACGAUGAGUUUGGGAAUGAUCGUCGCCAUCGUCGCAGCCAUCAGAGUGAGCUGGAAGGACGAGGGUAACGACCGUGACGCGUGGUACAUCUACCGAAAUGGCCUGUCCCAAGUUUGGUACUCCUCCGAAAUCACCGGCACCAUCAUCGUCCAGUGCAUCCCGAUCCUGCGCCCGAUCCUCCGCGAGAUCCACACCUCCCUCACCUCCAAGAAGCUCGAGUCCACCGCCGACGGCCGCAGCACGACCUUCGGCAGCAAGAUGAGCAGCGGCAAGCGCAUCUCCGGCACCAUCCACGGCGGCAACGGCCCCCCGUCCGCCGGCCUCGACAAGCAGGGCAACGAGCGCAUCGCCCUCCGCGAGAUCCCCGAAGAGCCCGCCGAAUCGUGGAACUGGAAGGACCCCGCCAGCAUCAAGUCCACCUCGCCCUCAGAAACCGACUUCAAGCCCCGACCCCCGACCGCCCCCUUACCCGACAUGUGGCCGUUAUCGGGCAGCGAAGGACCCGACCUGAGCAACGGCUCGCACUCCGGGAAGAGUUUGGAUUUCGAGGACAGCGGACCGCGAUCCGCCGUCUCUCACCUCGACGUCGACAUCGAAUCAGCGCCCGCGCAAGGGCUUUCGCCACCCCCGCCUCGCAGGUUUCCUUAG